UGGAACCUUGAUGAAGGACCUGCGGUGAACGCGACAGGACAUCUGGUGUUUGAAACGGCCAAUUCCUUGCUUCAACACUGGGCAAAUACCUGUCACCGUAUUGGUCAUACAGUAGUCCCAGGAACUAUUCCCGUGGGCACUUUCCUCUACCAUGGAGCUAUCACCGGUCCCCAUUUACCGACUGCCUUGGAUUGGAUGGCUAUAGAGCCAGACCACUCCACAAUUUUUUGUCAAGGGCCAAUCGAAACAGGGUGCUGGCACCUCACCCUUGAAGUCACUUGGCCAAUGAGAGUGCUCCAUUUUGACAGAAACAGCGCUGCAAAAAUUCUUGAGGGCACUAUGGACACCCAAGAUCUACUGGCAUGGUCGGAAAUGAAAUCCGAGUGGGUGCGGAGUGGAGAGCGGCGCAUAAAGGAUCUGUGUAAAUGGGGUCAGAAGCAUGGCAUGAAUGGCUUUGUGAGGUUCGUUGGAUGUUGA